CCCCCCUUCCUUAGAAGUGUGGAGGGCGGGGAGAGAGGGCGUGGCCUUCAGUGAGAAAGAAAGGAGGACGGCUUUCCUAGUAGCCACCCGAAAGUCUACGCCCGUUGUUUUGCUCGUAUAAGAGAAGGGAGGCGUGGUCUCAAUGGGAAGCGGAGAGCGGGGGCUGGGACGACUGGUUGCCAUGGGUUCACUUCCGUCUCUGCUAGGCGGAAGUGGCUGAAAUUCUACUGCCGCUUGCCGUUUGCUGUCGUUGCCCUCGGGGCAUGGUGGCGGAGGCUGGAACAACUGGAGGUGCAGUGUUGUGACUCCUUCCAGGGAAUCCUGUCAGGUUGGUUUAGAUCCAGUGAGAAUUUGUGUUUUUCUUAAGAAUGUGUCUGGAAAAACUACUCCACCAAGAGAUGUGAAAUUGGGCUUGAGGAGAUUGGCUGAGGAGGACAGCUAGAUACUGAUGAUGAUGAAAGUGCUGUGGUCCAUGGGUUUACUAUAGCAGUGCUCAAGGUCUGUUGUGAAGACCAGACAUCCCCUCUGUGAGAUGGAUGAUUCUGCACAAGCCUUUAAAAAGACUUAAAAAAGGAAUUAUCCUGGAACCAGAAGAUAAAGCUGCUGUUCCUCAUAGUGGUGGUCAAGGCUACAGGAACAUUUUCCCACCACCACCACCUUUGAGCAUUGGGAGGUCUGUUUAGGAAACUGAAGAAAGAAGACUCAUUCUGGCUUAUCUGUUGGUACUGAUUCCUCAAGGUGGAGUCUUUGAAGGGGGAGGGGGGUGCCAAGAGGCCCCCCUCCCCCAGGAGAGAAGAACAUUAGGCUGGCCACCCUACAUCUGUGGUGACAUGACACCUGCCAGGUGACUUCUGGAGGUCUCACCACUUUCAGAAAGUGGAUAUAACGCCUGCACAUGUGGCGUCAUGGGACUUGCGCUAAAAACAUGAGGAGCAUUUUGUGUCAGCUUCUGAGAAAAAGGUCCAUGGUGGUAGUCUAACACUGCCCAUCAGAGGGGAGAGCACAAGGAGACAAGGUGGAGGCCUGCGCCUGUGAAGGAUGCUGAAGAAAAGCAGCCUGGUUCUCUGGGGUGUGGUGCUUUUUGUGUCCUGGAAUGCCCUGAUCCUCUUCUUCCUGUGGACACGGCCUCAGUCUUUCUCUGACCAUAGCCGCCUUACUGAACAGGUUAUCCAGCUGGCCCAGGACGCAGAGGUGGAGCUGGAGCGCCAGAAGGACCUCUUAGAUCAGAUCUACCGUUACAGUGCCCUCUGGAACAGGAGGAAGGCCACUGAAGCCAAAAGGCUCCACCUGUCCAUUGCAGCAUCCCUCCAUCCUUCCACAGCUGCCCCCUUGCCCCAUCGAAGUCAGGUCUCUCCAGAUGCUAUUUUACCAGUGGUGGUGAUUGCCUGCGACCGCAGCACAGUCCGCCGUUGCCUUGACAAGUUGUUGCAUUACCGUCCCUCAAAGGAACGGUUUCCUGUGAUUGUGAGUCAGGACUGUGGACAUGAGGAGACGGCCCGGGUCAUCGCCUCCUAUGGAGAUGCUAUCACACACAUCAAGCAGCCCAACCUGAGUGACAUCCCCGUGCCCACUGACCAUCGCAAGUUCCAGGGCUACUACAAGAUUGCCCGGCACUAUCGCUGGGCCCUGAGCCAGGUCUUCCGGACUUUUAAAUACCAAGCGGCCAUUGUAGUGGAAGAUGACCUGGAAGUAGCUCCAGACUUCUUUGAAUACUUCCAGGCAGCCUUUCCACUCUUAUUAAAUGACCCAACUCUUUGGUGUAUCUCUGCCUGGAACGAUAAUGGCAAGGAACAGAUGGUAGAUGUUGCCCAUCCAGAGCUUCUCUACCGUACGGAUUUUUUCCCUGGGCUGGGCUGGCUUCUGCUCUCUGACCUGUGGGAUGAGCUGGAGCCCAAGUGGCCCAAGGCCUUCUGGGAUGAUUGGAUGCGACAGCCUGAACAACGGCAGGGCCGUUCAUGCAUCAGGCCUGAAGUAUCGCGCACUAUGACUUUUGGCCGCAAGGGCGUGAGCCAUGGUCAGUUUUUUGACCAGUACCUGAAGUUCAUCAAGCUCAACGACCGCUUCGUGCCUUUCACCCAGAUGGACCUUUCUUACCUCAAGAAGGAUGAGUAUGAACGCUCAUUCCUGGCCCAGGUAUACGAUGCCCCUGAGCUGCGGGUAGAGGAGCUACAGGGUAACCAGCGCCGGGACUUGGGCACUGUCCGAGUACAGUAUACCACUCGAGACUCCUUCAAGGCCUUUGCAAAGGCCUUAGGUGUCAUGGACGACCUCAAGUCAGGAGUGCCCCGUGCCGGCUACCAGGGCAUUGUCAGCUUCCUUUACAGAGGCCGUCGUGUUUACUUAGCGCCUCCUUCUGAUUGGACAGGCUAUGACCCCAGCUGGAGUUAGCAGCUGAUGAUCCUUGAGCAUGUUGGACCCUAGUGGGCAAAGGGGUGCUUGGAAUGGGGGUGGGGAGGCAAAACUCUGUAUUUUUUCCUUCUGUGUGGCAUUCGAGUGCAUUCCAGGGAAGAGGGUGGCUUUGUGCACUUAAAAUACUGGGGUAGGAGGGUCGGGUUGUGGUGGUUAUUUUGAUGCCCCAAAGAGUGGGUGAGGUGGAGCACUCUAGGUUUGCUCUGUUCUGCUCUCCAGUGCCUAUUUUCCUUCUUGAUGUGGCAGUCUGUCCACUCAUCAGCUCCUUGGUGGCUUCUCCAAGUUGGUGCAUUUUGAGGUCAGAACCAAUGCUAAACCAAAGCAACAACCCACUGAAGUUUCUCCAGCUUCAGUCCGCUCUCCCAGGCCUGCAGCUCAUCAGCCAUGUAAUAUGGCUUGCCAGGGGCUUGAUAAUUUCCCAGAUGAUGUAUACAGUUCCAGACAAGCAAAAAUGGGAGACUUGUUGAGCUCCUGGUGGGCCUCUUGAUGUAUCUGGCAUGCUACAUUGAGCUUGAUGGCAGUUAGUGCAGGCCUGAGCAACAGGGAGGAAAUGAGGGCCUUUUCUCACCGCUGGACAUCAUUAGAUGCAGGCCUUAAAAGCAGGAAGCUCCUUUGGACAUACUGAAUGUGGAAUGUCCCUUAGAAGGAACAUUUUUAUUGACCAUAUUGGCCAUUUUUACUUGGGACUUCUGAAUCACUCAUUCUUUAAAUAUGUUCGAUGGGAGAGUAGAGAUGAGAUCCGUGCACUGAUAAAGGUGAUGUAAUUGUUGCUCAGGUGGAGGGGAAGUAAAGGCCUCAUUGUUUUUGCCUGGGCAAUUAGGUAAUAGGCAGGGGGAGGGGGCAGCAUGGAAGCCUGCUAUCUUUUUACAGCUCCAUGUUGAGGCAUGUUAAAGUUAGCCUGUGAAAAGCUUGGAAGGUGGGCAUUUUCUUUUCACCUUCUUACCUGGCACUGAGAUGUGAUUGGUUACCAAAGGAGCUUCUUGUCAGCUGGCCAUUUUCUGUAAGCCACAACAACUGACAACCAAAAGCCACAGGCUGGGCCAUUUCAGACUGCAAGUGGGGGAGUAAGUUCGAAGGCUCCCCCACAUGAAAUUCUCCUUAUGUGCAAGAUGAGCAUGCCUGGGAGAAGGUCAGCUCUUUCUCUGACGUGUGUGAAGGAGCAUUCAGACAUACAAACCCCCCACUUAGUCUGAAAUGGUCUUGAGCCCAUAUUAGCUCUCCAUUUGCUUUGUAGCCACCAUUCUAUAAUAGUUACAUCACUAUGAAGGCUGGCUUGAUUCUAGCCUGAUAUCGAUGCCAUGUCCUCUUCCCAGGUGAGGAAGGAGACUUGGCCCAAAAGGCUGCCUUAAUUCUCCUUUGCGGGGGAAGGGGGCGUCCCUAAAUAAAGCCUCACAGCAAAGUUUGCUUGUCCCUCAGUGGCAUUUCUCUGGCUGCCAUGUUCGAUCUGAUCACCACCAUGACUGGGAGGAGUGGGUGGAGAGAGAAUUCCUUAGGCGGCGGAACACACCCCAGGAGGAGCCCAUCCUUAAUUCAGUGGUGCAGAAGCUUCUUCCCCAUUCUUGCCUCUAGGAGGUGCUGCUGAGCUGCUCCAGAGCCACUGAAGGAAGGGGCUUCAGACUUCAUAUGGCCAAAAUUCAGACCACACCAAAGGGUAGUAUUUUGUUUUUCUUUCUUUCUUUUUUGGAUGCUGUAUUAUUUUUUUCUUUUUCUUUUUUUUUUACAUACUGUUUUCAUGGUGCGUGGAGAAAGAAAGACGGUCUCUGUUUUGGAAUUCCGCUGGAGUAAGGAAUUCUCUCGAGUGGUCCAGUUUCUGACAUGGGUAUUGGGAGACCUUCCUUCCAUAUCUCUGCCCUUCUUAUUGGUGUAGAUGGGAGGACAGGAGAUGGAGCCUUGGGGAACUGUGUUUGAAUGGUCUGAUGCCUCUGUUUAAUUAUGUUUUGCGCUGAUAUCCUUGAAAACGGCAGUAUUUCUACAGAGUAUUGGGAUCUUGAGGGAAAGAAGGCUGUCCUGUUGAGAUCCCUGAUCUUGAGAUUCUGGUUUUCUUUUUCAAGGGGUGAUCCAUCUUGGAUUCUUUUAGAGAAGGAACCUCUGUGAGAGGAUACAUAUUUGUGGGGUUUCUAGAAAAGGAUUCCAUUGGAAAGGGAAAUAAGGAGGUAGGAAGGAGUUCAGUUACAGAUUGGUGUCUCUCCAUCGAAGGCAAAGAUCUUCUGUUCUCCCCUUGAGUGUGCAUAUGGAAAUGGACUCAUAGGCCAUAGGGAGAUGGAAGAUAGCAAAUCGUGAUGGUGAGUUGGUCUCUUUGGCACUCUCCACAGAUCUCAGUCCCCCCUUUGAAACCAUUCUGAUUUUUUUUUUUGAGCAGUUAAGACUGCAACAUCAAAAUGAGUAGUAACUCCAGAACUCUUCUCAAUUUUGGCUACAUGUUCCUUGACUUAAAACUGAUCUCCAGUGCAGGUAAAGAAGCACCUUCAGCUGUUCACAUCUCUGACUGUUGAGAGGUUUGGAGGUGGGUGGAGAAAGGAGCACAUUCUGUCCCCAUCCGCUGUCCUUUUCUGCCUUCAGGCGCACAGGCAAAGACCCCCGGCUACUGAAGUAGAUGGGGAAAAGAGAGCGGAUGAAGCUACCUCCGUUUCUCACAAUGGCUUACCUUGCCUGUGUGUCUACCCUUCUUCCUCUCGUUCAGGCAGGAGCUGGUACUAUUCUGAAGGUUUCACCCACCUUCCCACUGCCAGUGGAUGGACAGGAUUUUAGGGAACAGACUCUACCUUCAAUAACUACACAGGGAGUCUGACUUUGAGGACUUUCUUCCUGUCCUUCCUGCCCCAACCUCACUCCCUUGUUUUGUGUGGCAUAGUUCUGUCCAUCCAAAGCCAUCUCUGGCCUGAAGUCUUUUUUGUCGCAUGUGGUCCAUUCUUGUGUUGUUGUCAUAGCUCACCGUGCGACUGCCUCCCUUUCCAUUUCAGAGAGUGAUUUGGGUGAAGGGAAUCCAGAUCAGCUGAGGCGGCAGUGGCAGGAGGAAGGCUUUGGGUCAGUUGGGGAGAAUCCACCAGCACCUGCCAUUCCCUCCUCCUCUCCCAAGCCUCCUUCCAUUCACGGAAAUUCCAACGGGAACGAAAAGCUGAUCAAAAGCUGGGGUGGUUGAACUAAGGUGUUUGCUAGAGAUGCUGUUUUUAUGUCCAAAUUUCAAUUGGUGAAAAGUGUGAAGAUGCAAAAACUUAUUUUCCACAAUAAAAUAAAAGCCGGUCCUUUUCAGACAGCCUGUGUCUUCAUGUCUUUGAUCUUGCAGAGUUGUUUAGUGUCAAUUGGUCAGUGUUUCAGUAGAGUCAGACUAAGGUCGGACCGGGGUGGGGGAGGGAAAUAAGCAUUGCCUUAUUGGUUCAGACCACAAGAUUUGCCUAGUCCAGUGUUCUGACUCUAAGUGGCUGGCUAGUUUCUCCUGGGCAGCUCACAGCAGGACCUGAUAGUGAUUUAUUGCCCCUCUCCUCUUGUUUAUUGUCAGCAUAAUGGGAUCAAAAGCACCAUACGUCUUAACCUGACAGCUCCAUUAUAUUCUGCAUAUGGAGUUUACAUACCUAGUUAUGGCUAACAAGAGCCAUUGGCGAACCUGUCCUCCAUCCUGAUAUGAGUAAAUGUGGCUCAGGUGGUGGAUGUUUCUGCAUGAUUGGCACUGAAGUGUGAAAUGUGAUGUACCAUUAAAAAGAAAACGACAGCUUUCUCACUCAUGAGGUUAGGUAUGUGGGCAGUUCCUAAUGAAAUUUCAGGAGACAGUUGCAGAGCAGACCAGUUGAGAGGUGUCACAGGAAUGGGAUAAGUGAUUGAAUCUCUUCAUGGAUAUAGCUUCGUUCUACCUGUAUCCCACCUCGGCUUUUCCAAAACAGCAAUACAAAACCCUCCAUUCUCUGCAAUGGGGAGUUUUUGCACAAUAAGCCAAAACGUGUUGCGUUUGUGUGAUCCAACUGUCAGACAAAACUAAAACAACUCCAGCAAGGUUCUGUACACUUGAAAAUAUACAUUUAAACAGAAUUUGGUGUUCGCCUCUGAAUUUAUUUGGGUGUGUGUGUGACCAGAAUUUUGUCUCAUGAAAUCCCAGUUUCUCCUUUUAAAACCUCCCAGACCCAGAUUUUACAUGUAAGUAGAUUUCUUCCCACCAGUUCAAAAACUGACAGGGGUGCCAUUUAUAACUAAAGUUUUUUUUCUGAAAAACAGAGCUACUGCUUUUGUUCCAAGUUGCUCAUUUGAAAUAAAUGACUGUGUGUCUUCAUAGGCAAUAGCAGCAGUAGAGUAAUGAAACUUGGGGCUACUUCUGACUUGGCCAGGUUUUCUUUGUGAUUUUUUUUUAAAUCAGAAGGUUUGUGCUUCUGUGCCUUCCAGGGCUCUGCCUCUUCCAGCUCUUGUAUUUUCUUAGGAUACCUGCAAUUUCCUUUGACAUCUGCCUGAAAAUGUUUUUAAAGGGAGGACUGCAACCUCUGUGUAAGUGGCAGCUGCCACUGAGACACCAUUAAGAUGUGACUAGCACUUCUUUGUGACAGGUGAUGACCACUGGGCUUUUGAGAAGGGAUGGAUUUGCUCAACUCUUAUCAUUGAAUUAAAUACCAGUUAUUGCCGCCUCUGUCAAAUGUGGCUAUGUCAGUCUAGCUGAAAAUUCUGAAAGCAGGCUAUCUCUGGCUUAACUAAGCACAGAUAUAGGAGUUUUGUUUGGCAUAGGCCUCACUUAGGGAUUUGCUCUCGUGUGUUAGUGUGUAUGGCUCCACCUGGUUGUUGUUAUAUGCCUUCAAGUUGAUUACAACUUAUGACGACCCUAUGAAUCUUUUGGAUAUAUUAAUAGGGUUUUCAUGGUAAGAGGUAUUCAGAGGUGGUUUACCAUUGCCUUCCUUUAAGCCUAUGGCACCUGGUAUUCCCAGGCGGUCUCCCAUCCAAGAGACCGCUCCUAAAAAAAUCCUCCUUGGACCCUGAUAAUUUGGACAACUAUAGGCCAGUAGCAAAUGUCCCAUUCCUGGGCAAGGUUCUAGAGCGUGUGGUCGCUCGCCAACUCCAGGCUC